UUUCUGCUCCAUGGCUCCGCCCGCUGAAGUUUACGCAACCAUUGGCACGAUCCAUAUAUAGGACCAUGAGCCCUCAGUGCACAGCAGCAACAUAUCCAGGACAGACACUGACAGAGGACUGCAGCUUUGAGUAAUUUUACAAAGCUGCUUGCUACUUGGACAGGUUUUGGAUUUUGGAGAAGGUUUGGGAGAAGGGGAGAUGAGCAGAGUUAGCAGGAGUUUGUCACUUAUCUUUGUAAACUGUACGAUCUCAGCUACUGUAGGGAGAACAACACAUACAUGCUGCUUUACCAUGGAGGCUACAGCCAAGUAUGACUUUGAAGCUACAGCUCAGGAUGAACUCAGCUUCAGAAAGGAAGAGCGAUUGAAGAUUCUGCAGACCACUGGAAACUGGUACAAAGCAGAACUCAAUGAAGUUGAGGGGUUUGUACCCAAAAACUACAUCAACAUUCAUCUGCCCAGCUGGUACCAGGAGGACUCCAGUCGCAGCGACGCCCAGGAGAAGCUGAUGUCACAGCCUAUUGGGGCCUUCCUCAUUCGGGGUAGCCGAAAUGCAGCCCCAGGUGACUUCUCCAUCUCUGUCAGACAUGCAGCAGAUGUGCAGCACUUCAAGGUGAUGCGGGACAGCAGAGGGCAGUAUUACCUGUGGUCAGAAAAGUUCCCUUCUCUCAACCAGCUGGUGGAAUAUUACAAAAACAACUCUAUCUCUAAACAGAGUCAAAUAUUCCUACAAGAGAUGCAACAACAGCCAAGAGAAAACGUACUUCUCCCCGCUCAUCCACUCCCCUGCCCACCUACACCUGCACCACGACAGCACAAAGCCUCCUCCACACUACAGGUCAGAGCUCUGUACAGUUUCCACGCUGAAGAGACAGACGAGCUGGAGUUCAACGCCGGUGAUAUCAUCAAGGUCCUGGAGUGCUCCGACCAGGCCUGGUGGAAAGGCCAGCUGAGGGGCAAAACAGGCCUGUUCCCCUCCAACUACACCAAACCCAUCUGAGCGGAACAAACCUCAAGGAACAAACACGUGUAAUAUUACAGUCACUUUGUAUCCAAACACAAAUAAUGCUCAUUCUUGCAACUUUACCCUAACUUACAGUAAGUCACAACCCUAAACUAGCAGCAAAAGGCUCAGUAUCAGCUGUCUAGAAUAAAAAUGAAGACUAACUGGCUGGUUUGGGCACACACACAUCCUGUACUGUACAUGGGAUUUCUGUUUCCUGUCAUGGCAAACAUACUGUUGGUGUCAUGUACAAGAGAUAUAAUAGGACGACUGUUUGGCUGUAAAAAAAAAAAGUUUUCAGGACUUCUCAAAGAUUCAUUAAAGUUUACAUUUUGCCCUAAA